CCGCCAUAAAAAUCUUUUAACGAAAAUGGAAAGUGGAAGAUUGAAUUUUAAACGUGAUUUACGUGUACAUUUACCACUGUCCGUUCACUACCGUUCUGCCAGACAAUCUCUUUUCUAUGGCAGAAGUGGCUCGUGAGGUGUCUAGAUGUAUUAUUGUCUAUUCAGUAUUGGACUUAAGUGAACCGAAGUAGAUUUUAAGAUUUUUUUUCUUUUUCUUUUGGCAGCUGGUAUUGUAAAUUUUUAAUAAUGUUUGAUUUUGAUUCUGCUGUUCUUUUGCUUAAGAAAUAUGACCAAGAACAUAUUUUAAGAUUUUGGGAUAAACUUGAUGAGAAAGAAAAAAAAAUCUUACUGGAUGACAUUCAUGAUAUAAAUAUUCCAGAAGUCAUAGAAAUGUUUAGGAGAACUGUUGAAAACAUCAGAGCUGAACAACAAAAAUUGGACGAUAAGAUGAAUCCAAUUCCUGCUGAGUUGUAUGGUGCAGUUAACCGUAGUCCUGAAGAAUUGCUGACAAAGUACGAGCAGAUUGGACUUGAACAGAUAUCUCAAGGAAGAGUUGGAGUUUUAUUAAUGGCUGGAGGCCAAGGUACAAGGCUUGGAGUUAGCUAUCCAAAGGGUAUGUAUGACAUCGGUUUGCCUUCUCAUAAAUCCUUAUAUCGCAUACAAGGAGAACGUAUUCGUCGUCUAAUCAAUAUAGCAAGUAAAAAAUAUGGGAGUUGUAAGGGUCUACCUUGGUUUAUAAUGACUAGUGAACACACUAUGGAACCUACCCGUAAGUACUUUAAAGAAAAUGACUUUUUUGGACUAAAUGAAAGUAAAAUUGUUUUUUUUGAACAAUACAUGCUGCCAGCAUUUACUUUUGAUGGAAAAAUAAUCAUGGAAAGUACAUAUAAAAUCUCAAAGUCUCCAGAUGGCAACGGAGGUAUUUAUAAAGCUUUACGGGAUCGCAAUGUGUUGGAUGAAAUUAAAAAGUUAGGUGUUCAAUACCUUCACGCACAUAGUGUAGAUAAUAUAUUAGUGAAAGUAGCUGAUCCAAUAUUUAUUGGCUAUUGCAUUACAAAGAAUGCUGAAUGUGGAGCCAAAGUUGUUGAAAAAGCCUAUCCAUCUGAGCCACUUGGUGUUGUAUGUGAAGUUAAUGGAAAGUUUCAAGUUGUUGAAUAUAGUGAAAUUACUGAAAAAACUGCAGAAAAACAAAAUCCUGAUGGUCGUUUAACUUUUAGUGCAGGUAAUAUUUGUAACCAUUUUUUUACAACAGAUUUUUUAACUGAUAUUGCUCAUAAAUAUAAUAGUGAAUUAAAAUUGCACAUUGCUAAAAAGAAAAUAUCCUAUGUGGAUGGCGAUGGCAAUGUAUGCAAAUCAGAAAAACCAAACGGUAUCAAAAUGGAAAAAUUUAUAUUUGACGUAUUUGAAUUUUGUAAUCGUCUUGCCGUUUGGGAAGUAGAAAGAAAUGAAGAAUUUAGUGCUUUAAAGAAUGCAGAUAUACCAAAUGGCAAAGAUAAUCCCAAAACAGCUCGUUUAGAUGUAUUUUCUCUUCACAGAAAAUUUGUUGAAAAAGCUGGAGGGAAAUUCGUAAGAGACAAUAUUGAAUGUGAAAUUUCACCUUUAUUAUCUUAUGCUGGAGAAUCUUUAAGACAUUUGGUUGAUGGUAAAACAUUUGAUUCUAUACUAGAAUUAAAAUCUGACGAAGAAAUGUCUACUUUUAAUGGAAAUUAAAUGUCCUUAGUUCAUAUUCUUCUCAAAUAAUAGAAAAAAAAUAUUUCAAAAGCUUAUAGAUUCUCUAAU